AUGGGCCGACCGCCGGGCGUUGUGGGCCGUGCGCAACUGAAGCCGGAUGACCUGAUCCGCAUCCAGACCCUGUCGCGCGACGCGCGUAUGGGGCCGUCUGAGAUCCGGCGCGUCACGGGGUAUUCCAUCCACCAAAUCAAGUACGCGUUGAAGAAGAAGACGCCGACGAUUGGGAAGCGGACGGGCAGGCCGAGGAAGGGAGAGGGGUCGCGGAAUAAUGAGGGCGGGGAGUCUACGGGGGUAGAAGGCGGGGACGAGCUGGAGGGGUUGGAAGGGCUGGAAGAAGGUGGUGGGCUAGAAGGGGGUGCCGGGUUGGAAGCGGGCGAGGGUCAGAUUGAAGGGGGAAGUGGUGAGAUGGAGGUGGAUGACGGAUCGCGAGAGGUGCGUGGUGAACAACCCGAGCAGGACCAGCCGGUGCCGCAGCAGGCCCAAUACGUUCCACCGGAGCCGGCGGUGCAAGAAGAUCAGUCUGUUCAACAGCCGCCACCUCCUCAAUCUCCUGCGCAGCAAUUGCCGUAUCAACCCCCAGUCGCCGAAUACCAACCAGAGUAUCAACCAAAUGAUGCUGAAGGAGGCCCCGCAACAGGUUAA